UCCUCGGUCCCUCUGUCCUUUGAGCCUGGGUUGGUGCGGGGGUGUUUGCGGGCCUGACACGCCGCCCUGAUCGCUCAGUGAGUGGUGGCCGCGCUGCCCCACGGAGAUGUGCUCGACGCCCGGACUGCCGACGCCGGGAGCCUCGCUGGUCCUGCGGGUGUCCUUCGUGGACGUGCAUCGUGAGGUGAUCCCCGUGCAGCUAUGGGGGCUGGUGGGCGAGCGGCGGGACGAGUACCUGCGGCUGAACCGGGAGAUCCAGGAAGCGGCGGCCACGUGUGGCCCGUGGGCGCUGGGCGGCACCUCGGCCUCACCGGGCGAGCUGUGCCUGGUGCAAGUAGGGCUCCUGUGGCACCGCGGCCGCGUGGUCAGCCGGCAGGCGCAGGAGAGCCGCAUCUUCCUGCUGGACGAGGGCCGGACCAUCACAGCCGACGCGGGCUCGCUGGUGCCGGGGCGCAGCGAGUAUUUCCACCUGCCGUCGGAGGUGCUGGGCUGCGUGCUGGCCGGCCUGGUGCCUGCGGGCGGAGGCUGCGCGGGGUGGGGCGAGCCCCAGCACUGGCCGGCCAGCGCCGUGGACUUCCUUAGCAAGCUGCAGGGCAAGGAGGUGCACGGGCGAGUCCUGGAUGUGCUGCUCCUCCACCAUCUGGUCCUUCUGGAGGUGCCUGCUCUUUCCCAGCAGAUGCAGGAGCUCGGCCUGGCCCGACAGGUACCCCACAACGUCUUCCGCUCGCUGCUCAAGCGCUACCUCUCGGCAACCAGUGGUGGCCUGGGCUCCAGGACCCCGGUCUUCCAGCGAAUCCUGCCCAAGCAAGAGCAGCCGGGCCUCGAUUACUUCUAUCCCCAGCUGCAGCUGGGCGUGACGGAGCCGGUAGUGGUGACUCAAGUGUGCCAUCCCCACCGCGUUCACUGCCAGCUCCGGAGCUUCUCGCAAGAGAUCCACCACCUCUCCGAGAGCAUGGCCCACAUAUACCAGGAUUCCUCGGGGACAGGGGAUGAGAACUCCACCGUGGCCACCUGGGAAGAGCAGCAGGAGAGCCCAGACAAGCCAGGCUCUCCGUGUGCAUCCUGUGGGUUGGAUGGACAUUGGUACAGGGCGCUCUUGCUGGAGACUUUUCGGCCCCAGCGCUGUGCCCAGGUGCUUCACGUUGACUUUGGCAGGAAGGAAUUAGUGAGUUGCAGUAGCCUGCGCUACUUGCUGCCUGAGUAUUUUCGAAUGCCGGUGGUGACCUACCCUUGUGCUUUGUAUGGUCUCUGGGACGGCGGGAGAGGCUGGUCUCGGUCACAGGUCGGUGACCUGAAGGCACUGAUACUGGGCCAGGCAGUGAAUGCAAAAAUUGAAUUUUACUGUUCCUUUGAGCAUGUGUAUUAUGUCACCCUGUAUGGAGAAGAUGGGCUUAAUCUUAACUGUGUAUUCGGGGUCCAGUCCUGUUGCUUGGCUGACCGAUUUCUUCAGAACCCGGGCAUAGAGGAGCAGGAGGAGGAAGAACAAGAACCAGAUAUCGCUCUUCACUCUCAGUCUCCGGCUGAAGAAGUGGACGAAGAGCUUCCACUCCUGGCCUUACGAUCUAUCAGGUUAAAGAUGAAUGCCUUCUAUGACGCCCAGGUAGAGUUUGUGAAAAAUCCUUCUGAGUUUUGGAUUAGGUUGAGGAAACACAGUGGCACCUUCAGCAAGUUGAUGAGGAGAAUGUGCAGUUUCUAUUCCUCAGCCAGUAGGCUGGAUGGUAUAGUUUUGAAACCUGAACCUGAUGACCUUUGCUGUGUCAAAUGGAAAGAAAAUGGCUACUAUCGGGCUCUGGUCACCAGAUUAGAUGACAAGAGUGUGGAUGUGUUCUUAGUCGAUCGAGGCAAUUCAGAAAGUGUGGACUGGUAUAACGUGACGAUGCUGCUUCCCCAGUUUAGACAGCUGCCAAUAUUGGCUCUGAGGUGCACCCUGGCUGAUAUUUGGCCUUUGGCAGAAACUUGGAGCCAGGAAGCAAUUUCCUUUUUUAAAAAGACUGUGCUCCACAAAGAAUUAGUUAUCCAUGUCCUUGAUAAGCAGGAUAAUCAAUAUGUUAUUGAGAUUCUUGAUGAAUCAAGAACAGGGGAAGAAAACAUUAGUAAGGUCAUUGCUCAAGCUGGAUAUGCCAAGUAUCAGGAAUUUGAAACAAAGGGAAAUAUUCCUGGACAUGCCCACUCCCCUGGGCAUGUUUCAAACCAUUUUACUGCUGGGAAUAACAAACCGUCUUCUGCCAAGAAAGGAGAACAGGAAGCCGCGCCAGACAACAAAACUACAUCUGCUUCAGAAGCUUUGACUGACACAACAGCUGUUACAAAGGUUUCAGCUGGACUAGUUGUACAGGAAAAAGAGAAAAGAGUAUCUGUUUAUUCUCCUCUUGUACAGGAUUUCUUGGAAAUUAUAUCAGGCUCUUUUUGUAAAGGAACGCUAAAAGUUGGAAGUACAGUAGAUGUCAAAGUGUCUUAUGUUGAAAACCCUGGCUAUUUCUGGUGCCAGCUAACCAGGAACGUACAAAGAUUUAAAACUCUAAUGUGUGAUAUUCAGGACUGUUGCAAGGAUACUCCUACUCCUUACCAGGGAACCAGCCCCGCUUGUUUGGCACAACGACCAGCAAAUGGGAAAUGGGCCAGAGCUUUGAUCAGUGGGGCACAAUCUUCAGAGCAUGUCAAAGUAGUAUUUGUAGAUUAUGGAGACAAAGAUGUGGUAUCUGUGAAGAAUAUUUAUUCAAUUAGUGAAGAGUUUCUCAAAGUCAAGGCUCAGGCUUUUAGGUGCAGUCUUUAUAAUUUAAUUCAGCCAACUGGUCACAAUCCUUUAGUUUGGGAUGAAAAGGCAAUACACGCUUUCAGUGAAUUUGUACAUAAUGCAGGGGAAGACAAUCUAGAAUUAAAAUGCACAAUAUUUGCUUUGGCCUCAAUGCAUGAUGAAGAACUGUUUAAUGUCGUGGAUUUGCUAACACCCUUUCAGAGCGUAUGCCAUUUUUUGGUAGAAAAGGGACUUGCGAUACCAGUAAAACUUCAGAAGCCUCUGGAGUCCUCUGUUCAGCUACAUUCUUACUACUAUUCUACUCAUGACAUGAAAAUUGGAAGUGAAGAAUCAGUGUAUGUAACACAUGUUGAUGACCCUUGGACAUUUUAUUGCCAACUAGGAAGAAAUGUAAAUAUUUUAGAGCAGUUGUCAUGUAACAUUACACAACUAAGUAAAGUUCUGCUGAAUUUAAAAACAUCGUCCUUGAUACCUGGAACUUUGUGCCUCGCCAAGUACACUGAUGGAAAUUGGUAUAGGGGGGUCAUGAUAGAAAGAGAACCAAAUAAAAUCUUCUUCGUUGAUUUUGGGAACAUUUAUGUGGUAACCAAUGACGGUCUGCUUCCAAUACCUCGUGACGCAUAUGAUGUCUUACUUUUGCCCAUGCAAGCUGUCAAGUGUUCAUUGUCUGAUAUUCCUGAUUGUAUACCAGAAGAAGUUACAACAUGGUUUCAGGAGACGGUUUUAGAUAAGUCACUGAAGGCUUUGGUUGUAGCAAAAGAUCCAGAUGGAAGACUGAUUAUAGAACUAUACGAUGACAGUAUUCAAAUAAAUGCUAAUAUUAAUGAGAAGUUAGGGCGACUGGGUUACAAAGGAAGGACAAGGAAAAAAAAAGAAAGUGACGUACUCGCUACAUCAGACACUCUUGAAGUAAAAACGGAAAAUAAGAAGUUGUCACCCGCAGACUAUUUAAGUAAAUCAGUAGAGACCAAAUUAUGCAAUAUGGAGAUCUUGGGAGAAUCAUACAUACCUAAGAUCAGCUUAGCAUGUAAGGAACUCAGACUUUUACAAAGUUCAACAAAAACAAACGUAGUCACUCAACAUCAGGCAUCUGUGGGAAAUAAAAAUAAUCAAGUGUCUUCAUUAACCACAAAAAUGAAAGAAGAAGAAACUUUUGCUGAGCCACCAGCUUUGAAAGCCACAAAACCUGAAACCCCUCUUGCAGAGAGUAAAACAGGAGAGUCAUAUAACAAAGAUUUGCCUCUAAAAUUUUCUGAGUUUCCUCAGAAGACUCUAAUGCCUGGCUUUAAGACAACUGUAUAUAUUUCUCAUAUAAAUGACCUUUCAGACUUUUAUGUUCAACUAACAGAAGAUGAGGCUGAACUCAAUUUUCUUUCAGAGAGAUUAAACAAUGUUAGAACAAAGCCAGAAUGUUACACAGGUCCACCUUUGCAAAAGGGAGAUGUAAUAUGCACCACUUUUCCAGAAGACAAUUUAUGGUAUCGUGCUGUGGUCAAGGAAGAACGACCCAAUGACCUCCUCUCUGUACAAUUUAUAGAUUACGGCAAUGUUUCUGUGGUUCAAACUAACAAGAUAGGUAAACUCGAUGUGAUUAAUGCACUGUUACCAAGCUUGUGCCUUCACUGCUCCUUAAGGGGACUUUGCGUUCCUGAAAUUUUAAACAGUAAAGAAAUGGUACGUUACUUUUCCCAAAGGACAGAUGAGGCUCAAAUUAAGUGUGAAUUUGUUAAAUUUCACGACAGAUGGGAAGUUAUUCUUGCUGAUGAACAUGGGAUCAUAGCAGAAGAUAUGAUUAGCAAAUAUGCUUUCACUGGAACGGCUGAAAUAGGAUGUUCUACUCAAAUAAUUAAAAGUGACUUUUCAAAGCCUGUCAACGAAACAGACAUUGACACUUCGGUAUUUCUUAACUGGUAUAAUCCAAAGAUGAAAAUGGUAAGAGCUUAUGCCACCGUGAUAGAUGGGCCUGAAUAUUUUUGGUGUCAGUUUGCUGAUACUCAGAAACUUCAGUAUUUAGAAGUAGAAGUAAAAACUGCGGGAGAACAGGUAACAAAUUGGAGAAGUUGUAUCUCAUGUCCUCAUGUUGGAGACCCUUGCAUCGUGAGAUAUAGAGAAGAUGGACAUUAUUAUAGGGCUCUCAUCACCAAUAUUUGUGAAGAUUAUCGUGUAUCAAUCAGGCUUGUGGACUUCGGAAACAUCGAAGACUCUGUGGACCCAAAAGCACUCUACAACAUUCCUUCUGAACUUUUGGUGGUUCCCAUGCAAGCCUUUCCAUGUUGCCUCUCGGGAUUUAAGUUUUCCGAGGGUGUGUGCCCUCCAGAGGGAAAUGACUAUUUUUAUGAAAUAGUAACAGAAGAUGUGUUGGAGAUAACAAUAUUAGAAAUCAAAAAGGAUGUUUGCGAUGUCCCUUUAGCAAUUGUUGACUUGAAAUGCAAAGGCAAAAGUAUUAAUGAGAAAAUGAAGAAAUAUUCUAAGAUUGGUGUUGGUAACAGUGAUCUGCCCUAUGAAAAAAAUGGCCCAGAGAUAAAGGGAGCUCUUGGGUCCCCCGGUCCUGAGGUUGGACUUAAGAAACCAAGUACUAAAGCUGGACAAGAGAAAACACUGUAUGUCGAACCACAGAUAGAUGACCUCUCUGAGAGAAUUAAAGAAGACUUAAACAUUAUUGAAACCAAACCAAAUAAAUUCUAUGACCCUGAAACUGAUAACAUUUUUGAAGCUUUUGAAAACCCAAGGAAAGAUAAAAUUGGCACGGAGGUCCUGGAAAGUCAAGAAGAAUGUCAAUUGGUUGACCAAGCAAAGUUUGAUAAUAAAUACCUAGUUACAGGAUUUAACACUUUAUUAUUACCGCGUGCUAGUGAAACAGAGGAGAUAUUAGAACUUACUUCACUUGAGGUCCCACUUUCCCCUGAUGAUGAAUCAAAAGAAUUCUUGGAACUGGAAUCUAUUGAGUUACAGCAUUCUCUAGUCGGGGAUGAAGAAAAAGAAGAGCCCGAACCGGUGUCUCUCCCCGAAGGCUAUGACACAGAAGCCACCCUGCAGCCAUUUACAGUGCAACUUCCCCUCAGCUGCGAAGCCGAGAAACAGCCAGAACUAGAAUUACCUACAGCCCAUCUGUGUCUAGAUGACCCAAUAAACCCUUUGUGUUUAAGAGGUAGUCCGAAAGCCCAAGAAUCCAUGUAUGCUGAGGACACAAGAAAAUCAAGUUCUGUAGAAUGUUCUGAGGACGAACAUAGGUUGCCAUUGCCCCUACAUGGACAGAAUUGUGAUUCCCAAAUGCAGCUUGAAAUGAAUAUAUAUGAAGAAGAAUUGACAGGAUAUAAAAACAGAGAUGCCAUUUCAUCACUCACUUCCUUGUUCUCUGAAGAAGAAUCCAGAGAUGGAAGGAAACACAGUAAUGCUUUACCAGAUUAUGUCUCCGCUCAACCAGAGAACACCUAUUCUCUGAAAGGAUUUAAUGUUGGAUCCAAAUGUGUUGUGUGGUCAAGUCUAAGAAACACCUGGUCUAAAUGUGAGAUUUUGGAAAGAGCUGAAGAAGGCACAAGGGUUUUGAACCUUUCAAAUGGCAUGGAAGAAAUAGUAAACCCUGAGAAUGUCUGGAAUGGCAUACCCAAAUUGGACAAGAGUCCAUCUGAGGCUAUAUUCCAAGCAGGCCUGGGAAAAGACCUUUACUUCAUGUCAUCGGAGGAUACCGCAAUUAAAGGUAACUGUGUUCUAAAACAAAAUACUUUUAUCACCCAGAAUGCCAAAUCUUAAAGAUACCAUUACCCUGAAUCCUCAAAGAAAAAUGGUUUAUCAAUUUCUUUGGAUGUUAGUAGUAGGAAAACAAAACACUUUAGCUAAAAAUGUUAAAUGUGCUUAUGGGGAUAAAUACCCAAAAAGAGGAAUUCUUGAAAUACAUAGGAAGUUUGUUUAUGAUUGAAUUAGUCUUGAAAGUUAAAUUGUGAAUAUGAUAAAUUCAUAUUUUAAAAGGAUUUUCUCAAUGUUAAUGAGUCCACAUGUUCAAAUGAUCUAUUGGAAUUUCUAGAUUUUUAGUUUAUCUACGUGAUAAGAUUUAAUUUGUUGGAAGUUCUUGCUUAAUGCAUGAUCAUGUUCAUAAGUACGUAUCACACUGGUUCUUAGAACUGAGGCAAAUUGAAAAUGUAAUCAGCUCUUCGUGGCUUCAGUAUUACGUGAAAAAUACACACGAAUCAGAGAGAACAACGGACUAACUGGUUAUCAGCCUUGUUAACAUGCGAGCAAAAUGGAAAAUGUGCCAACUUCAUAAUCUCCUAGAGAAACUUAGUUUGAUAAUAGAGUGUGAGAGCCAAAAUACUAAAACAGAGUAAAAAAAUCGUUUCUGAAGGAAGAAUUCUCUGUAGUAAUUAGAAUAUUCCUCUGGCCUCUCUCCCCAUUUUUUAGAGGACAUUAAAUUUGUUAUGGUGGCACCCAUGUAAACAAUUUUCUCAUGUUCCUGUUUCUUUCUCACAUUGAGGUUUUCCUUCCUUGUUUCAGAAAAAGGGUUUGGAGGUGAUACAGGUUUAACUGUGGAUCCAUAGAUGGUGACCAGUCAGUCAGAAGCUAUUCUUAAACAAGUGGCAUCUUACUCCGGAAAAACAGAGUAUUUGAGCAGAUUGACAGUGUGUAAUCCAAAGAAGUUGUCAUUUUUGAAAGUUUUGGUAUGUGUUAAAAACAAAAUAGGUCUCAGGUUGACUGUGCAGUGUAUUUAUAGGGAUGUUGCUGUAUAUGUGGAUCUGGGCUCUUUCCUCUCCCUUUAAAUGUAUUAUAUUUCUAAUCAGUUGGGAGGAUUGAUUUUGCUAACCAAUUUUCCAACAUAUUACGCAUAUUUCAAAAAAAACCAACUACUUUGGUUUCUUUUGAAUAUAGUAUUUAAAUUGAAAUAGAAAAUUAGAGGUUUAUGACAAAUAUACGAUCCUACUUCAGAGGAUAGCUUUGAAAUUCCUUCAGAAUUUUUGUUUUGUUUCCGAAGUUUUGUCUUGUGUGUCUAGUUAAACGUUUGACUAAUAUCUUGUUUGAAUUUGGAAGUAUUCUAACAUGACACAAUAUUUGAAUAAAGUUUAUCCAUAAAGAUGUAGUGGUCUCAUUUCAUGAAAAAUGAAACAGGAUUCUGUGAUAUCUGUGGUUGUGGAAUACCUGGAGUAAUGGAACCACAAUUCUACAAUUAGAGGCAACAUAGUAAUAUUAAUAAUUGUUAGCUCUAUGUUUUAGUCACACACUGGUACUUUAAAUGCAUUUCUCAUUUAACGUUUACUCGGAGGUGCAUAUUAAUAUUAUCCAUGUUUUAUAGGUGAGAAAGUUGAAGCUUUUUAGAGAAAAAUAACUUGCCUAAGGGCAAAGAGCUAGUGAAUCUCAGAGGCUUGAUCAGACCUGGAUCCAUCUAACGUUCAAAGUCCAUGCUUUUAAGCAUAUUUUUGUAUAGGUGGCAAUAUGCGAAGUCCAGGUCCUAGCUUUAGGAAACAGAUGCUACAUAGUUGUAGACAGAUGUGUGACCUGGGCGGGUUAGGUAAUGUCUUUUGGAGCUUUGCUCUUCCUCGUCUGUAAAAUGGGAAUAAUAAAACCUUUCUUGCUGUGUUUUUAAGAUUAGAAAUAAUGUAUGUAAAGUAAGAAAAGGAGUAGGAAUUCGAUAAAUAGUUCCUUCUUUUCCCUGAAAGAUACUCAGUACCAUGUUUCCCCAAAAAUAAGACCUAACUGGAAAAUAAGCCCUAGCAUGAU